AUGGACUCCACCAAAUCAAGUCGAAAACCGAAAUGGCUCUCGAAACUCUCCAAACUCCUCCGUCGAAACAAAGGAGCAUUGAGUCGAGCUCAACGAGCAUCCACUCAGUCUGCCAUUCCCAGCUGGAAGCCAACUGCCGUUGAAGCAUUGUUGAAGGAAGUAACCUCUGCGCUUGAUGAUGUCUUUGGUCCAACCAAACGCCGGACAAUUGUCAUUCCUGUUGCGCAGAAAAAGACAGACGCAGUCACGGGUGUUGUUGGAAAGCAGUCACUAGCUCCUGCCGAUGAGUCCCAGGCUACAGAAAGGUCACAAGACUUUAGCAAAUUGGAGAUACCCUCUGCGCCUCCCCAAAGUUCUGCACUUCUCGGUCAAGACGACAAGGCAACCGAAACCGCAAAGAUUGCAGUAGAUGUGCUCGCAGAAACCACUCAAAUCAGAACACCAAAUCUUGCGUUGUUUCGCCAAAGAACGAUACCUCUUUUGCUGAAUACCGACGCCUCUUUGAAAAAUGCGGGCCUGUGGGAGGAAGCGUAUCUCCAACUAUCCAGCAACGUCAAGCAUUCAGACCUGUUUCAGAAGUAUGAGCCACUCCUGGCGGACACUUCAUCAAAUACUUCAAAAGAACGAGCCGAGAAAGUUACACUACAAAAAAGAAUGGCAGAAUCCGUACAGAGCCGACUUGAGGUCAUGAAAUCGAAGCAGUGGACGUUCCAAUGGGAUCGUAGGUCAGUUGCGGUUUGGGACCAAGCCGAGCGAAUUGUCAAAUUUGUUCAAACAUUCCAAACUUUGGGGACAGGAAUUGCACAACUUGAUCCCAUCCAUGCAGGCAUUCCUUGGGCGGGGGUCUGCGCUUUGUUGAAUCUUAUCAUGGGUGAUAUUAUACAACAUCAAGCAGCACUCGAUGGCAUCGAAGAGAUAUCGUCAAUCAUCGCCAAAUAUCUAGCAGUUGAAGAUAUUUAUGUCCAGAGUCUCAAAGACGAUCCCAGCUCAUCCACCAACACGGCUUUCAAAGAGUCCAUUAUCAGGGUCUAUUCUAGCAUACUCUUGUAUCAGGUGACAGCAGUGAUGCAUUUUGAUCAGUCGACACCAACAAGAACAUUCUCGAACAUCACGAAAUCUGUCGAUUGGGCUGAACUUAUCUCCACGGUCAAGCAGACGGAUGCGGACUGUGUUGCCUUGACAUCUGUGACAGCGACUACCAACAUGAGCUCAGAUAUUUCUUUAAUCAACAAAGGUGUCUUGCGUUUGGAUGAAAAGUGGACUGAGAUAUCACAUAUUGUUGAAACUCUUGGGACGUUGCAAAAGGGGUUCGAGGCCAAGCAAAGCGAGAACGCCCGCAUCUUAUCGUGGAUCUCGGACAUUCGAGUUGGAGACAUCCACAGACAAAAGCGUGAUAAACUUGGACCUCGCCACUGGGGCUCAGGACAAUGGCUUCUUAGCAGCGAGUCUUACAAAGAUUGGGUCGCUGAUCCCCGCGGAAAGUUCUGGCUACAAGGAUCCGUUGGCACUGGGAAAACAAGCCUAGCUUCCAUUGUGAUCAACAAUCUGGUCAGCAGUGGCAGAGACCAAAAUCUAGCCUUUUUUUAUUGUUCGAGCACCCUAGCAGCUUCAUCUACCGAUCCAACUUGGAUAUUUCGAAGUCUGGUGGCACAACUAUCUGCCACACCAGACGGGCAAACGAUAUUUCCGAUCAUAUUGAAUCGAUGGAAAUCCGAAGCGAAGAAAUAUACUGCGGGAAGUCAAUUCACACUCAAAGAUUGCCAGGAACUUCUUGUGGCUUUAAUAGACCUUCAAGAAAGUACAGUAAGCACUGUCAUCGUCAUCGAUGGUGUCGACGAAUGUAGUGAGCCACUGCAGCUUUUAAGGUCCCUGUAUGAUGUAUGGAAUAAGUCUCCUAGACUGAAACUUUUGGUGACAAGCCGCCUGGAAGUUGCGGUGAAGGAUGUGUUUGAAGAUAUCAUCACAAUUCGAAGUGACUUAACUAAGACAAAUGACGACAUAAUGAAGUACAUUGAGAGAGAACUUGCGCGAAAGGAAAGAAGAAAUGCUAAGGUUAUUAGCGAUAGGUUUCGAUUCGUUGAGCUUCAACUCGACCUGUUAAUCAACCCCGAAAGACCGAUUAAAUACAGACCAGAUUUUGUUAGGAUGCUCGAUAGUCUUGACGCCGGUCAUGGCAUCGGUGCACUUGAAGCUCUUCGUGAUACCUACGAUGCGAUUUACGAGCGUAACAUCCAGGGGCCAUACAGUCAGAAUAUUAUCGAGAAGUCUCUAAAGUGGACCUUAUGCACCAAGAAGCGCAUGUAUCUGCGCGACUUAGCAAUUGCUAUAUCUGUAGACGAAGACGAAGCUAUCGAAGGAGGCCUGAUCCUUGAAUUGUGUAGCAACUUCCUGGUCGUCGACGCUCACGGAUGUAUCCUGCUUCCUCAUCUCUCUGUUCGCGAGUAUCUCGAGGCUAAGAUUGUUGGUGGUAUUUUGAUAUACUCGCAAGAAGAAGCAUAUACGCAGGCAGCGAUAACGUGUCUGCUUCAUUUCAAAUACAAAGCUGAAAGAUUUCCUGUAGGAACAUGGAGUAUGCCUUGUGUGAAUUUGGAUGGCGAAGAUGGUGGGGCAGACGCAGUUCUUGGUCUUCGAGUAGAUUUAGAUCUCAUUCGCGACUGGCCCAUAAUAUCUCCUGAGGGUCUCGAAAAAAGCUUAGCACGGCGACAGACUGAAAUCGAGAUGAUCACAAGUAAAUUUGAGCUCCAUGCCACAUACUCUUGGGCGUAUUAUUGCCAAAACGCGAUGGUUUUGCCAAGCUCUCAGUCUAUCAGGCUGCAGGAAUUGCUGAGGGAAUUUAUUGCUAAUGACGGGUCUAGUCCUUCGUUUGGUGCAUGGGCUGCAGGUUUAUUCAAUGUCGUCAAAGUCGGAGCUAUUCGAGAGGCAUCCAACACUGAGAAAACCGUGCGAAAAGAGCGUUCCCAUAACUUCUGGGGAGGUGGCUUUAUUUCUGCCGUUGUUUUCGUUCAAAGCAAUACCACGUGUACCGCCAAGCUGAGUGGAUUGUUGAUUGCUUGUCAAUACGGGUUUACGGAAAUAUUGAAGGUGGAUUCAAAGCAUGGUGAAGCACAGGUCAUGCUUAAUCAUGAAGAAUACCCCGGUCUACUUCUUGCUUGUGAUGCAGGUUAUUUUGAAAUUCUCGACUUACCAAUCGAUAAGAAACUCGCGCGGGGUCUUCUACAACAGGAAGGCUCCGGGGGAGUUCUACUUCAUGUAGCCGUUUAUCGUGGCCUCAUAGAACUAGUCAAGUUCUUGCUGGGCUACCCCAGGGGGGGAUUACAACAGGGGAAAAGAGUUCCGUUUGCUGGUCUAGACGUUAACAGUAAAGACUCAUACGGGGAGACUCCAUUGCAACUGGCGGCAUUCGCAGACAGACUUGAAGCAACCAAUCUGCUUCUCAAUGAGGACGACUUGGAGGUCCAUGCGAGACGCAGUGAUGGGAAAACGGCGCUGCAAAUUAGCUACCCUGGCACCAAGGUUCAGGAAGCGCUGCGAAAGGAUUGGAGAUAUCUUCCGAGCGAUGAGAAGCAUGCCGAAGGCGAUCCAAGAGGUAUAGUUGAGGAGGAAAGGAAGGCGAGAAUCAAGGAAUAUUGGGAAGAAUUCAGAGCUCGCUUCAGAAAUUGA